ACAACCCAAAAACCCCCGUCCAUUCACUCUCGCCUGCCCCUGCCUCUCUCUGCCUGCGUGCGUGUGUGGGGAGCGUGAGGAGCGAGGACGGAGGAGAGGAAUCCAAUGGCGGGGCAGGCGGCGAGGCCGAACCCCUGCGCCGCGUUCCGCUCGGUCCCGCCGCCGCUGCCCGCGCGCCGCGCCGACGCCGCGACGAGGACCAAGGAUGCACCUUGUCCUACCUCUAAUGGCGAUAGAGGUCUUUCUGGGCAGUGCAAAAAGCCUCCAGAGCAUGCCAUGCAUAAGCCGUCUGGUGGUACAUAUACAAAACCUGAUGCAAGAGUGAAGUUGAUUCCGGCAGAAGACAUCACUUAUGUACGGCAUGGAAAGCCUUUUGGUAGAACAGUUGGCUCAGCAAAACUGCAGAAAAGACACUGCAGACGAAGUGUCACUCCUCCUCCGAGUUCGCGUAAAAUUUCUCUUGCGAGAUCAACACCACUUACUCACAAGUCUACGACACCGUUUACUCCCAAGGCCAUGCCACCGCUUAAUCACAAGGCUUCGGCGCCUCUUACCCACAAGGCCGCGACACCUCUUACUCACAAGCCCAUGACACCACCCCAUCCUGUUGCCUCGUGUCUUUCUCCUAAGAGAGUUGAGACAGCUCACAAGGCCUUGAGACCUCUUAGUCCCAAGCCCACUACACCACCCCUGCCUGUUGCAUCGUGUCUUUCUCCUAAGAGAGUUGAGACAGCUCACAGCCUCGGGACCUCUUAGUCCCAAGCCCAGUACACCACCCCUGCCUGUUGCAUCGUGUCUCUCUCCUAAGAGAGUUGAGACAGCUCACAAGGCCUCGGGACCUCUUAGUCCCAAGCCCACUACACCACCCCUGCCUGUUGCAUCGUGUCUUUCUCCUAAGAGAGUUGAGACAGUUGAAAACAGGCAAUUUUUCUCUCUCAAUCGGCCAUCACCACUCUACAAGUCUGUCCAGAGAGGUGCAUUUCCUCCAUCUGUUUUGCGGAAAGAGUCAGAGAUGAAUCCCAUCAACCCUAGUUCUGUGCAUGUUCCUCCUGCAUAUUCAAGGAAGGUUCCUCUUACUACAAAGGCAGAACCACCUCCUAAGAGUGUCAUCACACUUGACAACAAAAAGUUAUGCUCUAUAAGCAAUCAGGCUGCACUUAAAUGUCAGCCCACAAAAAGAGACGCAGAUCCUAUUGUGGAAAAAGAAACUACUGUGAAGCUUCCAUUACUGAGCCCAACAUCUGUGCUUAGUUCAAGUUCCACCGAGGUAUGUCUAGAUACUGGAAGGUCUUCGUCCAGACUAAAUUUGUUUGAUGGAAAAUCCAAGCUGGACUCGCUGCAGCCUGAAACAAACAUACCUCAAGCAAAAAGCCCAGAGUCUACAAUUCCAACCCCAUGUGCUCAACUUUCCGAUGAUUUGAGAGUUGUUUCCUCCACUAAGAGCCAUGUCGAGAGACAAACGAACCAGGAACCAUCAAUUAGUCGUAACAUGUCUUCAGGUGCCCAAUUAAUUCUACAUACACCACUGUGCAAGGAGACAUACCAACCAGAGGCCUGCUGGAAGGGCAAAUUUGAAAUAACUGGAGAGCUAACACACACUUGUGAUGGACUUGAAGCCUAUUUCCCUUGUGAAAUUUCUAGCAAAGUUUAUGAAGCUUCAAAACAGAUGCCUGAAAUCUUGAAGCUAGAGGCUCUACCUCUUUCUGGCCUGUUACCAAAAAAAUUCAAGAUGGAACCACCUUGUGCUCAAGAUAUUGGACUGUGCUUCAUAAGUUCUUGUCAAAGGCCAAAUAGGGACUCUUACCAUCUCCUGGAAAAUGUUUCUUCACAUAUUGGCUUGCGGACUGACAUCGGCACCGUGGACUUGCUUAUAUUUUCGUCCAAGCUGCUUACGGAAGAUGAUCAAACGAAAGACGGAGAACUUUACCUUUUUGGAGUUUUCCAGAAGCAUACCAGAAAGAGGCAGCACCGAGUCGACAGUCAUACAGAUAUCAGCAAUGCUGGCCUUUCAAAGGGAGACUGUCAUAUAUCUGAGGAUAUUGGCAUGGACCUGGAUAUGAUAGGAGGCAAAUACACAAAAGGUAAAAAUCGUGAGAUUGGCAUGAAACUGGAUGCAACAGAGGUCAAAAAGGUGGAAACGAGCAAACCCAAGGAGGUUGAUGCAAAUGCUGUGCUCAGUAAUGCAGCUCCCGCUGUUUCUUUCUUCACUGGGUCUUGUAGUCCUGACUCCGCAGGGACUACAGAUUCUCUAUGCAAAUCUGCUAGGAGAGCUCCUGCUUGCGGAGACCUUGUUUUGGACCCACCUCCAGGAUUUCCUCUUGAUGUCCCUCCUGGCUUCACAAGAGCUCAUUGUGGGCUUCGUAGAGGAAAAACUGCAGAAUCACAUAUCGACUCUUCUCCCAGCCUUGCUUUCGACACUCCAGGACUGAGACUUGAUGCUCCUCCUGGAUUUACAAAAGCACAUGGUGGGUUACACACCAAUGACAGCAGCAUGCCUUCUCCUGGAUCAGAAAAUGGUGCUUCCACUCUUUUCUCUGAGAAAAAGUCCCCAAUCAAGUUCUCUCUCAACAUUACAAGGCCUCCUGGAUUUGCUAAAUUGGCUGAGGUGAAAAAAGAGCCUGGGUUACCAGCAUUCUUUAAGGCUACGGAGAAAACACCACCAAUUGGAAAAGCAAAUGAAAAGGAUAUCAAGCAUGAUAAGCAGGUGAACGUGGAAGUGGAGUCGGAUGACAGCUCGGAGGAGCGAGAGUUUCCCAAGACCAAGAGGCUCUCAGAUAUCCUGGGUUCUUGUGCCUCUUCGUCUUGGAGGAACAACGCUACUACCUCAGCCGCACCUCGAAACUGCUCCGAAGUUUUCAGGCCUGCGACUGCGAGCAAGUUUGAGGAACAAAAGCAGCAGCAUCGGCAUUGCAGGAAGAGAGGGCAGCAGGAAGCAUCCAAAUCCGAUGCUGCUGUUGAGGCCACCAAAAGGCUCAAGGUCAACGGCCGCAUCGCACUGAACGGAUGUCCUGCCCUUAACUCCAACCAAGCGCAGCCCAAAACUCCACCAACAUAGCCGAGGUCGUCCUUCGUCUCCCGACCUGACGCAAGUGCUCUGUCUUGUGUGCGUGGCGUGUCGUCUCAACUGCUACCUCUAACUAAUCGGCUAUGAAAACAGACGGUGAUUAUCAUGUCAUAUGUGUAUGUAGUCAGACAGAUAUAAUUUUAUGUAUGUACUAGCUGGGCCUACUGUCAUGUCAGAACAAAUAUUACUUUUCUUGACCUUUUGAGUAACAACAAGUGACAACAUGGUUA